UCUUAGGUGGGAAAUCCAAUCACGGCACUCGACUAAGACCAGAGACAACAGAGAUAAUCGGUCAUAUUUUUGUUGCAUUUGAGAUACAGCGAUUGAUAUAAAAACGAGUGUUACGUCUGCGGGUGUUAAUUGAUCGUUAGUCUACGAAACAAUGAUUGUUUCAGCAAGAGUUAUAUUUCUUCUUGUGCUAGGCAGUGCUAGUGUAUUUGCCUACGAAGAUGUCGAGGAUGCAGAGGAUUCAGCUCUUACGCGAGUAAUUGCUAAAUCAAAGAAUGGAAUAUUUGAAAUCAACACAAAAAAUAAUCAAGUUGUGCUGAACUCUACCAAAAAUGACGGUUCGCAAAUGCGCAUUGAGUUCUAUGUUGAAGAACCUCGUCUGCAAGGAAAACCACUAGGUCUCCAACAAUGUGCGUUAUACACAACAUGUGUUACCAGUGGCAACAUAACGCACACGGUAAUAAAAGUUGUCCCUAAUCAGGACUUCGUUACAAUCAAUCGUUUCCUGCCAUCGUCAAAAGGACGUUUGACAGAUUGUCUGUCUCUGAGAGAUGACACCCAGUGGAUUGGAGGCCCACAGUACCGAUAUCAGCAUUGGCCAGUUCAGCACAUGUACUUUGAAGAGGAGCCGUACAUUCCAACUCAUCCUGAAAAUAUGGGAAUUGCAGAAAGAUAUUGGCUGUCUAGCAGAGGGUUCAGUCUUAGAGUAAUGAAUUGGGUUCCAUUAUUUUUGGAUCAAAACAAUAUAAAAGACAAAUAUUUAUGUUUGAUUGCUGAGAACAAGGCGCCUUAUUCAGACAACAGCACGCUGGCGAUGUCUUAUGAGAUUUCCUGGCACAAUAAUUCAAGACUCGCCCAUCAGUCUGUGGUAAAUCGUCAUCUGGGGAAGCCUUCGGGAUAUCCGGAUGUAAGGAUGAUCCGACAUCCUAUUUGGUCUACUUGGGCGCGGUACAAAGUCAAUGUCAGUGAGAAGGUUGUCAAUGACUUCGCUGAUGAGAUUGUGAAGAAUAAGUUCAAUAAUAGCCAGCUGGAGAUCGAUGACAACUGGGAAACUUGCUACGGCUCCGCAGUCUUUGAUCCUGUUAAAUUUCCUAACGUUACGCGGAUGACGCAGUCGUUAAAACGAAAAGGGUUCCGGGUGACUCUGUGGAUCCACCCGUUCAUAAAUAAAAAUUGUAACCCAGCGUACUCGGAAGCUUUGAAAAAUGGGUACUUUGUUAAAAGUAAAGAUGGACAAGUUUUAAUGGAUUGGUGGCAAAGUACUAACAACGGAGCAUCGACGAUUGAUUUCACAAAUCCAAAGGCCGUGGCCUGGUGGGUCGGAAGAUUGAAGCAAAUACAGAAGCUUGGUAUUGACAGCUUCAAGUUUGAUGCUGGUGAAUCAUCUUGGCUGCCACAGGUGGCCAACCUAACGGGUCCAAUCCAAUUCCAACCUGGUAUUUUUACAAAAAGUUACAUCAACGCACUCGCUAGUAAUUUUGAUCGAGUAAUCGAAGCUCGAGUCGGCUGGGCAACCCAAGAUCUGCCAAUUUUCAUCCGGAUGAUCGACAAAGACUCUCGAUGGACCUGGAAAAAUGGACUGCCAACAUUGAUAACAACUCUCGUCCAAAUGAAUAUGGCAGGUUACGGUCUCGUUCUCCCUGACAUGAUUGGUGGCAACGGAUAUCUAAACGGCAUGUUGAAUGGUACAGUACUUCCGUCGAAAGAAUUAUUCAUCAGAUGGCUUCAGUGCAACGUCUUCAUGCCUUCACUUCAGUACUCCUUCGUCCCUUGGGACUUUGAUCAACAAACCAUCAACAUCUCCAGAAAGUACACAGACCUUCAUGCAGCGAUAACUCCGAGCAUUGUAAAAGCUAUGGAAGCUGCAGUAAAAACUGGAGCGCCAGUAAAUCCGCCUAUAUGGUGGGUUGAUCCUGACAACCAGGAAGCCCACAAAAUAAAUGACGAAUAUUUACUUGGAGAAGAAGUCCUGGUGGCUCCAGUGAUCACAGAAAACGCAAUAGUCCGAGAUAUUUAUCUGCCCAAAGGAAAUUGGAAGGACGGAAACAAUAACCGGACAUACAAAGGACCCAUGUGGCUGAGAGAUUACCCAGCGCCGAUAGAUAUUCUCCCAUACUUUACUAAGUCAUUAUAAGUGAAAAAAAAUGUAUAAUUAUUUUAUUUUGUUUUUAUUCGUGUAAAAAAAUAUAAUUUAGCUAUUGACAAGAA